AUGGCGAUGUGCACAAAUAGAAUUGCACGGUGCUCGAAAACAAAUCCGGUUUUUUCAGUGUUAUCGCGCGGUUUCGGUCACAGUUCCAGUGCACGCAAAUGGUUCCAGCACCCGACAGUCCGGUACAUCUGUUUGGUGAGCGGUGGCUUGCUUGCUUUCACCGCAGCGACCUACCGAAACCGCCCUAAGGUCUACGCACUCCAGUUGCGAAAGGAUGAAAUCGCGGACAAGGCCAUUAAACUGACGGCCCGCGAGCGGCGCUUCAUCAAGUUCGCUUCGGUUGAGUUCGAUGGGCAGAUCUACAUGACACCACAAGACUUUCUGGAGUCGGUCGUCGAACAAGAACCUCGACCACGCCUCAAGAGGAAGUCAUUAACGCAAACCGAGAUUCAGCAGCUGAAAGAUUACACGCCACCGUUGAAGCACGGCUCGUCGCAGCUUUUCCGCAGCUUGCGCGACAAAGGGAUCAUUUCGUACACCGAGUAUCUAUUUCUUCUAUCUGUACUUACAAAACCACACUCUGGGUUCCGCAUUGCCUUCAAUAUGUUCGAUACGGACGGAAAUCAACGGGUUGACAAGGAUGAAUUUCUUGUGAUUCGUCAGCUGCUCGGAGGAUCGCUGAAGGAUCGUGAUCUAGACGAGGCCACACGUAAAGCUCUGUUACAUCUCGUAUCGACCAGCGCACAAGCGAGAUUUUUACUGAAAAAUUAUCACGAGCAAAAAACAAAUCCUUCGGUCACUGAGCAGAGCAGCAAGCCGCCUGCCCAUGAUAGUAGCUCAUCUGCCUCCGGCAAGGAUGGGCAAACAAAACCGCCGGGCAAGGGUAUAACGGCAAGAGUAAUGGAAAAAAUUUUCAGCUUUGCUUGGAAAGGAAAGCGUGGCAUCGAAGCAACGGAAGGCGAGGAACCUGGAGAGCAUGACGACUACGUGGAUGACGAACAGGGUUUGCAGAGAAAGCACAAAGUCGAUACGACGCUGCAGGUACACUUCUUUGGCAAGAAAGGCGAUAAGGAUCUGCAGUACGAUGGGUUCUACAACUUCAUGAAGAACCUCCAAACCGAAGUCCUGGAGCUGGAGUUCUGUGAGUUCUCUAAGGGUCAUGAGCGCAUCUCAGAGGUAGACUUUGCGAAGAUCUUGCUGCGUUACACCUAUCUGGACACCGACGAAUACGACAACUACUUGGAUCGUCUGCUGGACAGAGAAGCCAAGGAGAAGGGUGUAUCGUUCGAUGAAUUUCGGCAGUUCUGCCAGUUUCUGAACAACCUGGAUGAUUUUUCGAUCGCGAUGCGCAUGUACACGCUCGCUGAUCAACCGAUUUCGAAAGAUGAGUUUUCCCGAGCGGUAAAAAUUUGUACCGGUUCUGAGCUGAACUCGCACCUCAUCGACACCGUGUUUGCCAUUUUCGACGAGGAUGGUGAUGGGUUGCUCUCUUAUAAGGAGUUUAUCGCAAUUAUGAAGGAUCGCGUGCACCGCGGAUUCAAAGUAAGUCACUACGAGCACGUCGUCGAAGACUAUCUAGAUGAUAUCGAAAAGGGAACGGUAUAUGCGGACAACUUUCGGCAGCUCCUCAAGAUGCGCUCGCGUGCUUGCCGACGGUUGCGCCGUUAUCUUCUCUAUUUCUAUUAUCAUCCAGACCACGGUCACACCGAUAGCAGUCGACACUAUCGCUAGUUUUGUUGUUGAGGGCUUCCAGAUAUUAGUUUUUUUUAACAUAGCUUAUGCUUAUUCCUCUCUACAACAACAAAAGCAGAUAUUUUGCUAUAGUUUCCUUAUACGGUGAGUUUUAUGUGUACAAUUCAUAACCGAGAAGGCAUUAGUUUUGUAAAAUUCAAUAUUCACAUUCACUUAUUACCCAUUACUACUGUUAUGCUUAAUAUUUUACGAUUUAUCUACGAAUAAUUUUAAAAUCCAAAGUAGUACUCACUGCAAUAUUGCUUUAACAGUUCAAUUAUCUAUAU